CUUCUUGCCAAUCUGCCCAUCAUUCCAUUUGACUCAUUCUUACUUCCUUUUGCUGAGCCAGGCGCUUAUCUCCGGAACCCCAACUGUGCAACGUCAACAUAUACCUACAGCCUGCACCCUGCACCCGAUAUCUUCACCUUACUUACUGGGAGAGAAAGCCUAUUUUCAGGACCUCGGACUGCCUCCUACCGCAAACUUUGGCCUUCGUCGACCCCUAUCAGCUGCAUUCCGGUGGCUGAGACAUCCGGAGCUGAGUUCCAAGACCAGUCACCACCUGUCCUCAGCAUCUGACUGUCUGCGGCUUCGAGAGAGACCAGGGGUCGGGGAACUGAAUCUAACGAAGCCAAGGCAGAAGGGGGUUGGAGGUGCAGGCAGCGCGCGUCUUAUAGAUAGCUCCUGUUCUCCCAUACCGGGGUUGCACACGACAUCGAUCCCGCAAUCCCCUCCGCCUAUGACACCAUGUCGCAAUACUCUCCCCUCCACUUGAUCUCGCCCGCGUUACCUGCCCACUGCGAACCUGACAACGACUUCCUAUACCGCGUCUCCUCGACCUUCCAUACCUGCGUGCCAACAAACCUCGCAUUCAUAUCCACCACCUUAGGCACGUUGAGCAUAGUGUCGUGGCUUUUCGCCCAGCUACCCCAGAUAUACAAGAAUUAUCAACUGAAAUCGACAUCGGGACUGAGCAUAUUCUUUUUGGCGGAAUGGCUACUUGGGGAUGUCUCCAAUCUGCUUGGAUCUGUAUUCACUAGACAGGCGCUUUGGCAAAUAAUAAUCGCGGGUUAUUAUUGCUUCGUGGAUUGCAUGCUGGUGGGACAAUGGAUCUGGUAUCAGCAAUUGAAGCAUGGGAGACCUCUCCGGAGUGCAUGGGCUCGUUCAAAUAACAACUCGGAUGCCACCGGUGACAGAAGAGCUGGAAUGGAAGAAGUGCUAGAGGGUGUUAGCAUUGGCAGCACCCCUACUACCACCAGGCCUGAUACGCCAAGCAGCCAAACCAAGAAGCCCCAAUCCUCCAGUUCGAGUUUAAACGUCCCUGUGCACCGCUCGAACCCUAUGGACGUUUUCCGGAUUCCGAAUUUUGCCCGCUCGCCGAGCUCUACCAAGGAGAGGUCGAGCGCAAACAAUACGCCCACACCGACGGACCGCACGAUACAUCGCAUUCGAGGUAACUCGCCUAUGCCAUCGCCGAGAACAGUUCUCUACAUCUCGCUUCUUCUCGCCCUAGUGUCCAAUACUUCCGCUUCCCCUACCAAGCCCACCCUAUCCAUCUCCAUGGAGCCCAUAGACUCUCAUAUCUCUCCCAUCGAAGCCGCCGGAACAAUUCUUUCGUGGCUCUCCACCCUCCUUUAUCUCGGCUCGCGUCUCCCCCAACUCUAUAAAAACCACCUUCGCCGCUCAACCGCCGGUCUCUCGCCCACCCUAUUCGUCGCAGCUUUCUUCGGAAACCUGUUCUACUCAUCCUCCAUCCUCACCAAUCCCUGCGCUUGGCACACGUAUGCACCAGGCGAGGGCGGCGGCUGGGUCGGUCCUUCCGGAUCCGUCCAAGUCGACUGGAUUGCGCGCGCGACGCCCUUCUUCCUCGGUGCGGCGGGCGUGCUAGUCAUGGACGCCGCGGUGGGAGUGCAGUUCUGGUACUUUGGGGACGAAGGCCGUGGACGAGGUAGCGAACGCGAUAGCGAAGUCGUGGUCGUCGUCGAUGGAUCGGAAGCUGACAGAGAGCGAGGUGCGGACAGCAGAGGCAUGCGCUGGAGGUGGCGUAGGGUCAGCGGGUGGAUGAGAGGCUGGGUGCCGAGUGUGUCUGUUGCAGGGACGCCGAGGGUCGGCAGCCCCAAUCCUAGCAUCGGAAGCGGUCAUGAAGGACGGGCGUUGUUGGGUGGUAGUGGUGGUGAGAGGAGCUAUGGGGGUGUUUGAAGCGGCAUUGUUGGAUUGGGGUGAUGCAUUACAUCACUAUCAUAAUCGGCGCUCGGGAUCAUUUUCGUGCAUGGAUGGACGGCUGCAUUUGCGCAUUGUUGAUGUAUGCAGCUUUUUUAUUUUGGCAUUUCGGAAAUUUGGGGGACGCCUGUAUCAGGGCUGUACAAAGGUAGUAUGGUGUUGUUGGAUAUGAUAUUUAUCGCGCAGUGAAUAGACCAGAGUUGGGCCACGAAUAGACCUUAUUAUUACAAGAG